CCCCCCCCUCCUCCGCCAGCCCCCUCCCCCGUGCCUGGCCGCCCGUCUCUUCCUCUCCUUCCCUCCGGCCGCUGCUCCCGCCUGACCAAUGCUCCGCUCGGUGUCCGCCUUCUCGACUGCCCGCUCGGCCGCACGCGCGGUCUUCGCCGCGCCGCGUGCCGCGACCGCCGUGCGCGCCUUCAGCGCCUCCACUCCCCCGGCCUCGGAGGAGGGCGUGCGCGACUCGCCGGUCUGGCAGCUGGGCAAGAUCAACCACAUCGCCAUCGCCGUGCCCAACCUCAAGGACACCUCCUUUUUCUACCGCGACAUCCUGCGCGCGUCGCAUGUCAGCGAGGAGCAGAACCUCCCCGAGCAUGGCGUCACCACGGUUUUCAUCCACCCCGGCCAGGACAAGUCCCAGACUCUGAUCGAGCUGCUGCACCCGUACCCGGCCGACUCGACCACCUCCCCGAUCAGCAGCUUCCUGGCGCGCAACCCCCAGGGUGGCAUCCACCAUGUGUGCCUCGAGGUGAAUGACAUCCAGGCGGCCUGCGCCUCGCUCCGCGAGAAGGGCAUCCGCCUGCUGUACGACGCCCCGAAGAUCGGUGCCCACGGCAAGCCGGUCAUGUUCAUCCACCCGAAGGACUGCAAUGGCGUGCUGGUCGAGCUGGAGCAGGAGUAACCCCCCCCCCCCCCCCUCCC